CCACCCUAAGAGAGAGGUAACUAGGCAACUUCAGCGAGCAGCGAAAAAGAGAGAAGGCAAAAAGAAGCGCUCAAAUCCCAACACAGUUCAGCGAUGAUGGGAAGGAUGUAGUCCAGUUUUUACUGAAUGUUCCUGGGAUGGGAUACAGGAUUACCUUUCUUUUAGAAACAGUAUGGACCUCUGUAGACAUCGCCAACGGGAGAUAAUUGGGUUUUAACAAUGACAAGUAUGGGAACCGAAAAAUCGCACUUCAGUAAAAAGCACUCAAAGGGAGUGAUCGGGAUGCUGUGUCAGGGCUAGAGCAAGCAGUGGGACUGAUUCACAGUCGGCGGGAGAGCCCUUCUAAAUGAGCCUGUGUGCGCUACUGGACCUGCUUUGAAAAGGAAUAAGGACUUAAUAGGAUGUCAACAGAGGCGGAACUCCAGCCGGCUGUGAGACCCAGCGUGAGAAAGGAAUCCAGGAAGAAAGGUCAGGACCGCAGUGAGGCCGGGCUGAUUAAACGCUUCAAGGGGGAUGGGAUCCGCUACAAGGCCAAGCUGAUCGGGAUUGAUGAGGUCACGGCGGCGCGCGGGGACAAGCUGUGCCAGGACUCCAUGAUGAAGCUGAAGGGAAUCGCUGCCGCGGCGCGCUCGAAAGGAGAACACAAGCAGAAAGUCUUUCUAACCGUCUCCUUCGGAGGCAUCAAGAUCUUCGACGAGAAGUCAGGGGUCCUGCAGCACCACCAUGCCGUCCACGAGAUCUCCUACAUCGCGAAGGACAUCACUGACCACCGCGCCUUUGGCUACGUCUGUGGCAAGGAGGGCAACCAUAGAUUUGUGGCCAUCAAGACGGCUCAGUCUGCUGAGCCGGUGAUACUUGACCUGCGCGAUCUCUUCCAACUCAUCUACGAGAUUAAACAGCGCGAGGAGAUGGAGAAAAAGGCACAAAAGGACAAGCAGUGUGAGCAGGCUGUUUAUCAGACAAUUUUGGAGGAAGACGUAGAGGAUCCAGUUUACCAGUACAUUGUGUUUGAGGCUGGACACGAGCCCAUCCGUGACCCCCAGUCAGAGGAGAGCAUUUAUCAGGUCCCUACAAGUCAGCAGAAGGAAGGGGUCUAUGAUGUUCCCAAACGGCACCCAGUGAGUAACGGACAGACGCUGGUGGAGAUCGAGGCGGACCUUGACAAGGUCACAGAGAAUAUCAACCAGUUAGAGCUUUUCGGAGACAUGUCCACCCCUCCGGACAUCACCUCCCCUUCGACACCCGCAUCGCCAGCGAACACCCUGGACCCCACCAUGGCCCAUCAGCCCCCCUCCGAACUCUUCGCCCCCUUCAACCCUGCGUCUGUGCCCUCAGGUUACGUCACCAUGGGAGCCGUCCAGCCGGCGCACUGGGGCCAGCAGCCGUUCGCGGCGCAGGGGCCCCUGGCCUUCGGCGUGCAGUCUCCCGUGCCGGUCGCUCAGGUCAUCCCCGGGGCCCAGCCCGUGAUCUGGGGCCAGGCCAACCUCUUCCCCGCCACCCAGCAGCAGUGGGCCGCCAUGGCGGGCGCCUUCCCCCCCGCUGCCUUCAUGCCGACGCAAACUGUGGGCCCCCUGCCGGCCGCCGUGUUCCAGACCCUGGCCCCGGUGGCGGCCGUGCCGCCGGCCGCCUGCGAGCUGCCGGCCGCGUCCGCGUCCGCGUCCGCCGCCAGCCCCCAGCACGCCGCCGACCGCUCCCGGCAGAAGAUGAGCAAGGAGAUGUUCAAGGAUUUCCAGAUGGCCAAGCCGCCCGCCAUGCCGGCGCGCAAGAGCGAGCAGCCCAGCCUGGCCUGCACCUCCGAGGCCUUCUCCAGCUACUUCAGCCGCGUGGGCAUGGCCCAGGACACCGACGACUGCGACGACUUCGACAUCUCCCAGAUGAACCUGACGCCCGUCACGUCCACGACGCCGUCCACCAACUCGCCCCCCACCCCGGCUCCGCGGCAGAGCUCUCCCUCCAAAUCCUCCGCCUCGCACGCCAGCGACCCCCCAACCGACGACUCCUUCGGGGAGGCCGAGGGCAGCCCGAGCCGGAGCGGGGAGGAAGACGCUGCCGGAGGCUCUCACUCGCCCUCCGCCAGCGAGCCGUCCGCAGAGCCCUCUGCCGAUCAGCCCAGCCCACAGGUCGGUAGCUAGAUAGCGCAGGUCAGGGGGAAGGAUCCUCUCUACGCCCAGAUUAACAAAGGGAAGAAAUAGGAACCAUGGGAACACUGCACAGGGGUGAGCGGUGCUGGGAAUAGACGGGAGGUGAAAGACUUUUAUUCGUCUCCCGGCUGUGCGUAUGCAUAUGUGAGAGUGUGAGUGUGUGUGUGUGUGUGUGUGCGCGUGCGCGCACGUGUGUGUGUGAGUGUGUGGGAUUCUGUACUCCACUGCGACAGGUCUCCCCUUGACCGACUGGGCUUCUUCAAGCAGCCCUUUCUCCAGUGGAGCUAUCUGGCCUGUUGAGGCCAACGCCGCUUCACUGUCUGACUCCCAAUCAAAAAUGGAGAUACAAAUUUUUCCCUUCCUCUCUCUUUCAUUUGUUUUUUUUUUUUUUUGUACUGUACUUUCCUCGCCUGCAAGGAUCCCUCUAUUGUCAAUGAGAUAGCAACCACAGCCGCAAGGACCUGUUUUUCUUUUAUGUUGUUUUUUUUUGGACCAUGUCCACACCCAGCCUUAUUAAAGUUUCUCUACACGUAGUUUCUCACCAGAUCCCUCCGACACAACCUUUGCUGCACGUAGGAGACCAUGUGGAUUAGCACCUCCCUCCUUCUUCUCAACACAACACAUACAGAGAGAGAUUGUUUCCUAUAAUAAUAAAAAAAAAAUCUACAGAAUUACUGUGUCGCUGCAUAGGAUUGAAUGGAGCCUCUGGCUGCAAUCACAAUGCAGAUGAAAUGUGUCAUUUGAUUCAAUGAGUGGAGUAAUGGAUUCAAAUCAUUUAUGGGAUUAUGUUUUAUUUUCUUUUUCUUUUUAUGUUUGAGUGUCUGCUGCUAGAGAGCUAUGCAGAAAAGACUUGCUCUGUGAACCCUUAGCUGAAGACACAAGGAGUGAUUUGCCAAAUUUUCUCUUCAUGUAAAGACUCAGAAGGGAGUUGAAGUGGACACUGAGGGGGCAUGGAUAUUGCAAAUCUGAUUCUGUGAUUGAACUGUUCAUUCUCUAUAGCUUUUGUACAAUACUAAUUAAAAAAAGACAUUGAAAUGGAAUUUUUAUUUUAUAAGUCAAUCGAGCCGUUGGGGUCAACUCUAUAAGUGUUUUAGGGUAAAAAUGGCUUUAAGGCAUCUGAACUUUGGUUUGCCAAAUUCAUUUUGUAAAUAAUAGUGUUCAUUGUUUCACCGGGACUACUGCGGCAUAAAAUAGGCAGACCUCAGUGAUGCAAACUUUAGGUGGUACCCAAGCAAUAUCAGCAUUUUGUCCCAAUGGUUUGUUUUGCUCGUUUGUUGUUUUACUUUCUGUUCGCGAGUGAUAUUUAUGUAAAUCCACAGGAUUCGAUUUGGUGAAAGCAGCCGUUGCGGUACCGUAGAUUGAACCAAUCCCAAAUUCGCUUUUUCUCUGGUGAAGACUACUGCUGGUGUUCCACUCAAGCAGGGGCGUGAAGACAGUGCAUCAGAAAUUAUGACCAGUAAUAAUUUCAACUCACCUCUGCCCCGCAGUACGGGGGGUUGCUAAGAGACAUGAAAUCAAGAAUAGAGGAAGAUUCAGUUCAGUCAUGCACCCUGUCUCAAACAAAGCCAAAUGCUGCCCAUGUCUGUGCUUACAUCUCAAACUCAGAUGGCUGCCUUUUAACUGAAAGAAUCAAUUCCCUUUUAACUUGAUAGCAGUCUUUGGCGUCAGCACAUAUUAGUUUAAGGUUUCUUAAGAUGGGAGAUCACUCCAACUUUGAUAUUCUGGGCGCAAGUAAAAUUACCCAGUAAAAGAGAGUUCCUGCCACCUGAGAAUUUGGAUUCAAAUAAGCUGAAUAACAGGUCAAGGAGUGAUUGGGAAAGGAUGUGAAAUAUUGUAAAAGACCGUGUGUGGCUAUUAGCAAAACAAUAUUAAGUUUUUAUCCGCCCAUUAUGUGUCUUAUGAUUAUAGCUGCAUAUAUUUGCAUUUUUCACUGCUUGGCUAUAUGCCUGCCUCAGGCCUGUGAGCAGCAAUGAAGUUUGGCACUUAAUUGGGGAGGGUGGGGGGGGGGGUUAAGUUGUUGAUUUACUGAAAACAUCUGAAAAGUUUUGCCAUAUCAUAAGGUGCUUGCAAUGGCUGUUUCCAUCAAGAGCCUCUUGCUGUUCAUUCACAGGUGUCUCCUGAGUUCGAGUUAGAAACGCCUCUCUGUACAUCACAAGGGGUCACACUUGGGUAAAUGAAAAGAUAACACUGGAUGUGGUUCUAUGGCCCAUUAUCUGAUUGAAAGGGUCUGGCCUGCUUACUCCCAGCCAGGAAUAAGCCCCCUCUGUCUUGGCUAUUUGGUCCUGAUGAGGUUUGAAGUGUUUAAACAAAGUAUUGAGUGCCAUCUUCAGGGCCAGGUGCAUGAAGUGGACACUGGGGAGAUGACUGAGAUGUCAGGGCUUGCUCUCCAGAAAUCCAGGGUUACUCCCGGGCUGUCUAACAUGCAGAAAACUCACAAACACGCACGUACAGAGACAUACAGACAAAUAGAACACACACAAACAUCCAUACAUAGUAGAUGGUCAGCACCUAGAUCAUUCUUUCGACUCAAAAUAGAAUCCAAACAGACUUAUACAAAAACACAACAAGGGAGAAACCACGGAGAUACCACUUGUCUCACGCCUGUUUCUCAAGACAAACUAGGGACUAUAGAUAUCAGUCUAUAUACUUUCAUUUGGGGUCGUCAACCUUUUUUUGGUAAUUUUGUUGCCUGUCAUCAUCUACUCUACUUCCUAUUUUAUGGCCAGAGUCCCAAUUUAAUUUGAAUAAUUUUUGGACUAACUAAAUUUGAAAAAAAAGAAAAGAAAAAGGGAACAUUGCUGUUUGAGUACAUUUCUAGACCUAUUUUAACUUUACCUCAGCUAACAGUUUGUUAAUGUAAAUUUACACAUUAUUUUUAUCUUUAUGAAUACAACAUUCUACAGUGGAUUUUUAGAGGAUUUUUGUUUUCUCUUGCUUUAUGUAUCCCACCAUGUAAUACUGUUACAAAUAAACACAUCCCAAAAGAG